UUAAUAAAGUAGCACAAUGAGAAAGUUAAAAAGCUUAAUUUUACUUUCAUUUUAUUUUGCCAACUGCCUUGCAGUACCAGCCGAAAAAGAACGAGUGGAAGAUGAUCCUGAAUUGACGGCAGGGUUUUUCGAAGGUGAUAUUGAAUUAGAUUUCAAACGUAAUGGUUUAAAAGAUACUACACAAAGAUGGCCUAAUGGUGUAGUGCUCUUUAGGAUUGACCCAGUAUUUGAUACCAAACACUCUCUAUAUAUCUUACAAGGCAUGAAAACAAUUGAAUCUCUUAGCUGUAUACGUUUUCGUCAUGCCUCUGAUACCACCAAGGGCUAUGUUAAAAUUAAUGGUGAAUCUACUGGCUGUAGUGCCAGAGUUGGUUAUAGCGGCAUUAAGCAAAAUCUAAAUUUACGCGUUGAUGCUUUGGACCAGGGCUGCUUUAGAAUUGGCAGCAUUAUGCAUGAAUUGUUACAUGCUCUGGGCUUCUAUCAUCAACACAGUGCCUCCAAUCGUGAUAAGUAUAUCCGCAUUGACUGGGACAAUAUUACCAAAGACAAGGAGAAAAACUUUAAAAAGUUUGAUUCGAUAGUUUCUACUAAUUUUGGCGUUGAAUAUGAUUAUGGCAGCGUUUUGCAUUACAGCUCUAAGGCAUUCUCGAAAAAUGGCGAAGCAACCAUAGUUCCUUUGAAGGAAAAUAAUGCCGUGAUGGGCCAGCGGCUGACUUUAAGUGAGGGUGAUAUACUAAAAUUUAAUAAAAUGUAUAACUGUUAA